AUGUUCGGGACGAAACUGCGCACCUGGAUGGAGGCGCAUAUCGUGCGAUCGAAAAAGAAGAAGGACCGAAAGAAAGGGGAGAAGGGGUUCGACUCUAACUGCAACUCGCCGAGAAAUCACGGCCCGACCAGAUCUCCCGCGUUGCAUCAAGUUCACCCGGUAGACUCGCCGGCGAAGAACGUGGACGGAAUUCGAUUGCACGGAGAGGGUGGCGGCCGGUGCGGUGGCGGCGUCAGACCAAAGAGGUCUGGCGACGCGGCCAACUUGUCCGCGACCGUUCUACUCUCUGGACGGGGGGUGGUGGGCGGCCAUGGAAGGUUCGAGGGCAACGCCGAAUCCUCCGCCACCGCGUACGCCUCUUCCGCGACGGACGCGGGAUCGCGGCCUCAGAAGCACCAUCGCCGAACCGAGUCCUUCUCCGCCGAUUCCUCCAGGAGCAAUUUGCCCGCGCCACCCUCCUCUGUACCGCCGCCGUUGCUCUCACCCACCGUUCAGUCGCCGCGGGAACGAUCCCGCAUCCGCACCAAUCCGUGGCUUUCGGCCAAUUCUUCCGGCUCGAGCACCGCACCCUUCAAAUCCAGGCUGAACCUAGACGACACGAGCAGCGGCUCCGGUCUCAAACUGACCGAAUCCUCGGGAAGCGCCAGCGACGUGAACGCGGGCAGCGCGAGAGAGGGACGGGCGGCCAGGAGGGAGUUGAAGCAGGAGAGCCUCAGCGCCGGAAGAAGCCCGAUAAACCAAAACUGGAGAAUAGCGUCCGGCAUGGAGAUCCGACCGAACAUCGCUCUCUCCGUGCAACUACGCGGUAGCACCAGCAGCACUAGCAGUAGCCCCGGAGGCAGUAGCACCACCAGCAAUACCAGCACCGGUAGCGGUAGCGGUACCACCAGCAGCAACAUACCUAGUACCAAUGGAAACGAGAACGGAAACGAGAACGGCAACGGUUCCUCCGUGUCCUCUGUAGCUAGGAGCGCCAGAUCUUCCGAGGACGACAUCACCCUCAACGAGAUGAUGGGAAAAUUCGACGAGAGUUACGUCUACGAGAAAGAGACGGAUAUUCUCUCGGACAGCGAUCCAACGGACUGCGAGGAUUACAUCGAGUCCAUGUCGGACGUGUACGCGGCUCGAGAUGCCGGCGACGAGAACGAUCCUCUCGAUAACGACGACUUCGACUACAUCGACAACGGCUCCUUCCUCGACCUCGACAAUCUCGAUUGUACCGGACGCUUCGCCAACACUGGACACUGCACCUACUUUGCGUUCACCGGGGAACUCGCUCGACGAAGUACCCGAUUGCGAGAGUCCUUGAUGAAACGCAGGAAUAGAGACGACGCGGCGAUCCUUCAGAGAACGAUCAGCGCGAAGAACGCCGCCAAGAGGCAGAUGUCGCGGCACAAGAAACAACCGGACGAGAAGCAGCCCAGCGAGAAACGCAAAAAGAGGUCCUUGCAACGUCGUAAAUCAAACUUGAAGAAGCGCGAUCCUGAGACUACCGUACCCUGCGCCGCAGCCGCUCGAAACGAGGACGAGGAUGACGACGACGACGACGACGACGAGGACGACGACGACGAUACAGCCAACAUAAAUCGCGUACUAGUCGAGAGGAUGUUGUUGAAGAACUCGGGCUUCAAUCAGGGCAGUAGAAGCGUCGGCGGAACUCCGAUUUGUCUGCGACGCAAGAAACACGACGUUAACAAGAAUCUGCCGCCUAUGCGAUCCAACGACGAACGAUCGUUGGCUGUUCGAUCUGGCAGGGGUGAAACCGAGAACGUCAAGAGACGAUCGAAUUCGGUGAGCUACGUAAACGGGAAUCUGGUGAGGCGACGAAUAACCAGCACAGGUGGCAACACCUACAUGACCACGUUCGCCUCCGAGCUGGCGCUGAUCGAGGCGGACAAAGAGGCGGACAAAAAGUAUCGGCAGUUGAUUCUCGAGGCGGAGGAUAUUCUAGUGAAUAUGCAGAGGAAUCAAAACAGCGUGCCCGUAGUACCAUCUCCCUCUCGCAAGUUCCACAACGGACUGGCGAACAAGCGCGUCGAGCUGAUUAAAAACACCGAGCUGAACAUCGAGCUCGCCCUCUCCAAGAGCAGAAACUCUCAGCCGGAGUUGCAGAGCGGUAGCAUCAGGGAUCUGGAGCACACCAGCCCCAAGAGGCAGCAGCAAUUUCCUCAACCGUGUUCCCCUCCUUUGCGAAGAUUCGCAGAGAGAAAGAUUUGUUCACCGACGAACGGUCUCGCGGCAGCCGCUGCCUACAAAUCUUCCCUCGAUUCGACGAGCCAACAGCAGUCACCGGAUAGAAAUCUGCUCCGCUGCCACAGGCCGGUGGUUUACCAGCAGCACCAUCGUCGUCAGGACACCGAAACCUCUUUCCUCGCCAGUAGACCUCACCACGCUGUCUUGCCGCACAGAGACUCUCUCCCGACCGUAAACCGGAGGGAGUUUCGAGUCUCCAGCACCGCCGGCAAGGAGGAGGGUGUCACGUCCAGUUCGUCAGACUCGGAGGAGAGAUGCGACGUUAGGAAACGACCGCCUCUGAUGACUUUCAGAUCGGUCGACAUGGGCCCUAUCAAAGAAGGAUCUUCCUACUGUCCGCAAAGCGAGCCAGUCAAGAGGAAAGUGUACGCGGGCAGCGCUACCUACGGUAGAAUACAGAAGACUUUGGGUGAGCACGUUACUUUGAGAAAUUCGGACGGGGACACGGCCACCGACGACACCGACGACUCUAGGAGAUCUCUGAAGGAGAAGGUGGCUAGGCUACGACAGGAACGACUGGCCGCGACUCAAGACUCCCACAUUUUCCAACACCAACUCUCGCAGUUGAGAAGACAAAUGCUGAUGCAGACGAUCCAAGGUCUGAAGCGAAGUCUCGAGGAUCAGUCCGCGACGUUGAAGCAGACCUGCUUCGAGUUGGAGCCGGUGAUGUCCGAUCGAUUACCCUGA